CCUGAGCAUGGCCAACAUCCAGUCAGCCACCGUCAAGAGCAUCCGUCCCUUCAGGUCGAGCGAGGAGUAUCUGGUGGCAAUGAAGGAGGAUUUGGCCGAGUGGCUAAACGAACUGUACGGGCUGGGCACCGGGCUGGAGCGCUUCCUGCGGGACCUGGAGACCGGCUCCGUGCUGUGCCAGCACGCCAACAACGUCAGCCAGGUGGCCCAGGACUUCUGCCAGGACUACCCGGAGCUCGGGGGCAAAAUGCAGCUGCCGAGAGCCGGCGUCACCUACACGGCGGCCGCUCAGCCCGGCACCUUCCUAGCCCGGGACAACGUUUCCAACUUCAUCCAGUGGUGCCGUAAGCAGCUGCAGAUCAAAGACGUGCUCAUGUUCGAGACAGAGGACUUGGUUCUGAGGAAGAAUGAGAAGAACUUUGUGCUGUGUCUGCUGGAGGUGGCCAGGAGAGCUUCCAAGUUUGGCAUGUUGGCUCCUGUCCUCAUUCAGAUGGAGGAGGAGAUUGAGGAAGAAAUCCGUGAGGAGAUGGACCUACCUGCUGAAGUUAUCCCUCCCAAACCCAAACCACAGAGGCAGUUGUGUGACUUCAAAAACCUAGAUGAGAUGGUUUGCCAUCUUGUGAGUCGCUGCACCUGUCCAGAGCAGUUUCCCAUGGUGAAAGUCUCUGAAGGGAAGUAUAAGGUGGGAGACUCCAGCACCUUGAUUUUUGUGAGGAUUUUACGGAACCAUGUAAUGGUGCGUGUGGGUGGGGGUUGGGACACCUUGGAACAUUACCUCGACAAGCACGACCCGUGCCGUUGUACAUCGCUCACUCACAAGCAAAUGUCAAGGUUCAGCAGCCCACACAGAACCGCCAUGCCCACGCACGAGAUCAAGGCUCGCUUGCCAACCAGGACAGACCAGCCAAACAAGCCACAGACAGCACUCAUCCUGUCGAGGUCCCAAAGCCCCAUGCCUCCAGUGGAGUGGAGACUGGCUGCACCCUCUGCCCCUUCCCUCAGGAAUCACAAUGCAGCUCCUCGAUCCCCUUCGCCAGACAUUCCCGUCACCUCUGGAGGUAACUCAAUCAAGAGGAAUCCCCGGGACAAGUCAGAACCACGGCAAAUAUUUAAAGCCAGGCAGAGAGAUCAGUCCUCGACUCCAUCUUGCCAGAUUUCAACCAGCAUCAACAGUGGUAAAGCCAAUUCCAGCCUCACUGCUGCAGCAAGAACAGGGAGGGAGAAGACCAGGGCUUUGCCAGUGGCCACAAAGCCGUAUUCUGCAGCCCAGGAGAGUAAGGGCAGUGCCUUAUCUGUUGUGGACAAAUCCAAAGUGCCAAGUCAUUCUUCUGUUCCUCAACAGUCAGAGAACAGGAUGAGUCGUUCUUGGGUCAACACCCAGAGUGGUCCUUCCAAAAUUGACCAAAGCAGCUCAGAUAUGAACAAGCAAAGCAGCAGGGCUUUGACACAAGCUCACAAAGCUGCUUCAGAAAUGAGCUCUGUAAUCGCCAAAGGAAUGGCGAGAAGUCACUCGCCUGCACCCAGCCAACAGUGUAAGCUGCAAGUAGCUCAAAGUGUUGGGCAGAACACUUUGCCUCUUUCCUCCUCUGCCACGGACCAGGAUGGUUGCUGGCAAGAUUCCAGCUCUACCAGAAAACCAUCAGUUAAUGGAUCAAAGAACCCAAAUCUGCAAAAAAGUCCAAUUCGAUCAAGGACGCUAGACCCUUACAGCUUAAAUAACAACAACAAUAAAGACAUGAACUCCAGCAGAAGCAAAGCAUGCUUACUCACACUGCCACCUUUUCAUCCCAUGCAGGAAUCAGAAUUGUAUAGAUGCUUCGAAGAUGAAAUUGUAUCCAAUAUGAAAGCUCUGCAGUUGUGCUCACUUGGGGAAAAUUUGGAGGAGGGUGAGCCCAGUGAAUGUUCUUCACCAGCAAAAACGGUCAGCUCCCCAAAGCCGAAGGAAGCUCAAAGACUUAAUGUGGGUCCUUCAAAGUACUCGAUUUCCCCUUUGCAAGCUGGAGCCAAGCAUGUCAAUAAUGGCAAUCAGUGCUCCAGUUGCGGCAAUGAGGCUUUGCUACCCUCAGCGAAACUUAUCCAGAAGGAGAGUGGUUUUGGUGAUGUUCUCACCGAGCUCGUGAGCGGAGCACCUAGCCUCAAUCAUGUGGAUAUUAAGAACUGGAUAGCGAAGACCUCCUUGGAAAUGGUGCCAAGUGAUUCCAGUGCUGGACUCCAGCCAACUGGUUUGGAUGACUUAGAAACUAGCAAGCCAUUCUCUGACAGAGCUGCAGACCAAAGUUCAAAUAAGGUUUGUUCAACAUUUGACCAAAAGGGAAAUUCUUUUAAAGGUACUAUGAGGAGAGAUAUGCCAGUGUCUCAAAAUGCAAUGACUACUCUUGAGCUGAAUUCCUUGUCCACCAAUGAAGGACCUGACACCAACUCAUCAUUUGAUUGGCCAGUCCCAUCCUACAGUCUUCAGAAGACCAGGGUUCAACAGGGAAAACAAAAGAGGUCCUUAAGAAAGCCAGAGAGAGUUCCUUCCAUUUACAAGCUGAAACUUCGGCCUAAAAUACGUCCCAGGAGGGACAACAGGCCUGAGAAAAAGCCAUCCAGAAUCCCAACACCAUUAUCCUACAGACAGGAAGAUAAAGCAUUAAAAAGCAGCACAAAAUCAGGAAGUUCACAUAAAACUUUCAAAGCUAACAGCAGAGUUGUGGGAUCUCAGGGUCAGGGCAAACAGAAAUCCUCUUUGAAAUUGACACAGCCAGAAGAUGUUGGCUCGGGAGAGGACUGCUGGCUUCCUCAGCGUAUGAACUCUAGGCAAGGUAGAACUUUGGAGAAACAAUCCAUUACACAGGACACUGGGCAAGGAAAUGAAGAUAAGGGGUCUUGGGUUUAAAACUUUAAAACCACACACACCUAAUCUCCAACCAUUGAUAUUUUUAUGUGGGGUUAUUGCUUUGUUUAAAACCAGUGUUUAAAACCAAAUCUAUCGGUUGAUCAACUGCACAAUUGAAAAGCAAUACAAAGCAAUUACCACUUGGCAAGCAGAAGAUUUUUCUAAUAGAAUUAAAUGUGGUGAUAACAGCACACAGUAAAAAUACAUGUAAACAUGUUCUGGGCAUUUGCAUGUCAACCAUCCCAUCUGAAUGUUAAUUUAUCCUGAUAGGUAUGGGGAAAAAGCUGAAAUCUCAACUAAAAUGAAGUAUUUGAAGGGCAACAACGGACAGAUCAUUUUUGACACUAACUAACAUAUUUAUUCAUCACUAUUUUGUAAACUGAGUGUUUUAGAAAGUCUAUGAAUAAUGUUUACAAAUGCUGAUUUAAAAAUUUGUUUACAAAUCAUUUCACAAAAAGAAAUAAUAGGCAUGAUGUCACCACUGAGAUUAUAGAAGAAGUUAGGUUUUAAGCACUGAGUUAACAGGAUAUUUCCAUUUUUUUGGUUUGGUUGGGUUGAACAUUAAGUCCUAAACAGAGACACAGGAAACUGCAGAUGCUGGAAAUCUGGAACAACACACAAAGUGCUGGAGGACCUCAGUGGGUCAAUAUUUCAGGCUGUGGCCCCUUUCAACCCAAAAUAUUGACUGUCUACUUCCCUCCACAGAUGCUGCCUGACCUGCUGAGCACCUCCAGCAGUUUGUGUUUUGCAAUAAAUCCAACAUCAUCUCAUGCUAGACCUGUUCUUGGACACCUCAGUCUCCAGUCUUGCCCUAAGUUGUGAUUAAGUAUAGUUUAGGGCAAAUGGCAGGUUAGAAUAUGUGAAUAGAGAGAGCAGGGUGAAGUCAGGAAUCACUUCUUCACACACAAAGGUGAGCAGAAAUUAAGAACACACCAUCCAGCAUUGUGCUGAAGCUAGGGUUUGCCUACUGAACCCCUGAGAUGAACUAAUGUACAAUGAAUAUACGAGGGGCGAUUGAUAAGUUCGUGGCCUAUGGUAGAAGGAGUCAAUUUUAGAAAAUCUAGCACAUUUAUUUUUCAACAUAGUCCCCCUCCUACAUUUACACACUUAGUCCAGUGGUCGUGGAGCAUACUGAUCCCUUCUUUAUAGAAGUUGACAUCUUGGACUUCCAGAAAGUGGUCCACAGCAGGGGUGAUUGAUAAGGUCGUGGCCUAAGGUAGAAGGAGAUGAGUUAUACCGCUCUUGUUACAUGCAUAUGCAGUUCAACUCUUUGAGUGAUUAUGCAGAAAGUUUUAAGUUAAUAACUCAUCUUCUACAUGAGGCCACAAACUUAUCAAUCACCCCCGCGGACCACUUUCUGGAGGUCCAAGACGCCAACUUCUACAAAGAAAAGUUUUAAGUGGACCUGAAGGGCAACUUCUUUACACAGAGUCUUUACACAUAUGAGUGAGCUGCCAGUGGAGUAAGUACAAUUAACAUUUAAAUGAUCUUUGCACAGGUACAUGAAUAGGAAAUGUUCAGGGGCUUAUCGGCCAAAUGGGAUGAGUUUAGAGGGGUGUCUUGGCAUAGCAGAUUAGGGGCUGAAGGGCUUGUUUCUGUGCUGUAUUACACAAUGACUUGGUGUCUGUCUUUGACACAGAGCAGUAUAGGCCAGAAAUUUCAGAGAUAAACCAGUAUUUGGCGCAGGAGUUCCCAAACUGGGGUCUACAGACCCCUCAGUUAAUGGUAGCGGUCCAUGGCAUGAAAAAGGCUGGGAAUCCCUGGCUUUGUGUGAUGUUUCAUUAUUAGUGAUGACCAUGUCAUCAUGUGUAAAUGGAAGUCAAUAAACUUCAGGCACUGCAAACCUGAAAUAAAAACACAGAAUGCUGGGAAUGCUCAGUAGGUCAGGCAGCAUCCAUUGGAAGAGAAAAGGAGGGAAUACGGAUGUCUUCUGAGUGUUUCUAGUAUUUCUGCUUUAUUAUUAUAGGCUAGCAUCUGUUCCACUGAAAGUGUGUUUGCUGAGGACUCUUGUGAUCUGCGCUCAUUUUUCCCCUUAACACACCGUCAUUUGCAGCAAGUAUUCAUGCCAAUUGGCUGUGAACAGGUUAUGCUGUGCAUCACUAUUGCUCAGAAUAAGUAUUCAUAGUAAUUAGGCCCAGUCGUAAUUGCAUUCUGUUGAUAGUAGUGCACUAACCCCUCUUGGGUACAUUCAAUUCUGUGGAGUUGAACAUUUAAUAAGAAACAAUUUCCUUGCCGUGCCUACCAGAAUUUUUAUUUUGCAGCCUAUAUCUUU